CUCGUCAAUGGGUAAGCUCUGCAGCUUAAUGGUCAAUAAAUAAAAUCUUCUCGUUUUAGGUUUCUGUGACUUUGAAUAUCCGGAAUACUGUUUCUGGAGAAAUGACGUCACCGAGGACAACAUGGAUUGGUUGGUUGGGAAAGGUGCCACGCCAUCACAGUACACUGGGCCAACGAGAGAUCAUACCACUGGAGGAAUAUUUGGUGAGAAAAAUUUCCUCAAAACAAUACCGGUGAAAUAAUUUUAGAAGCAAUUCUACUUAAUUUGUGUAUUUUCAAAGAUGCUGUAACGUCCGUUCUGCGCAUCAGUUCUGCUCAUAACAAAGAGGGACCCGCAGAUCCCGCAGAUAUAAACAAAUUGCCCAAAUUUUGAAUCUUUCGAACUUUAUUGAAUUUAAACGUAGAAUUUAUAUUCAUUUACAAGCAUAGCGAACCAGAAAAGUGUUAGAUAUUCAGUUAGUAUAUCAUUUUUUACAAGUAUAGCAGUUCAAAAUGUAAACAACGCGAUUGGUUCAACUGGUGCAGCUUUAAUAAUGGAUUAAUGCAAGUCAGACAUACAUUAGUCCGAAAGUUUGAUAGUUUAAUAGCCAAAAUUUCUAUGUCACAUAUUUGCGAUGCGUUCAAAACCGAAAAUCUUUUUGGGGUGUACCUUUCAAAAUUGCUUUGUUUUAGCUUUAUUCUCUUGUUUAUACAGUUAGCUACCUUUUUAAAAACCCCAUCUUAACAAGAUAUUUAACCCAUAAAGUUGCACUGUGUGUUAAUACGCUCUACUUUAUUGUUUUAUUCUGUAUAACGGCAGAUUAUUUUACUCGUCAAAGUGGGUAACAAAUUCAUUUAAAAAACAUGAAAAUUUUCUUCUCAUUUGUCAGGCCAGUACAUGUUCGUCGAAGCCAGUUUCGCUACUGUUGGACAUAAAGCUCGUCUUGUCACGGGACGUUUCCACGCCACCACGGGGAAUGGUUUCUGUAUUAAGUUCUGGUAUAAUAUGUACGGGGUUAACAUUGGUACCCUGAACGUCAUCGUUAAAAAUAGAGCAGGAAAUGCCACCGAGAGAAUACUGUGGAGUCUGAGCGGAAAUCAGAAAUGGGGUUGGAGACAAGGACAAGCUCCGGUUGUCAGCAGCAGAGAUAGUUAUCAGGUGAGGAUAUGAAUGGUUCUAGCUAUAGACUAAAUUUUGAUCAAGGCAAGAAGAACAAAAUCCAUCACCACGGCUAGAAAGAGCAUGUUAAAAUUAGUAAAAUUGGUUGCGAAAUGUUGUAAAAUGAGGAAAAUAUAACGCUACGAAAUUUGCAAAUUUUGUAUUAAUAUUUAUAGAACCAUGGAUAAUAAAAUAAAUGGAUAGGAAACUAGCUGACGUGACCUAAUGUUUUCAAUCGGCUGAUGGCGUGAUUGGAUGUUGAAACCUAGUUGCAAACCAAAUUCUCAAAAACGGCAUGUUUAGCAAUAAUACAGCUAAACAUUUUAGUCAAAGAGCAAAUGAAUAUAACUACGCCAUUCUACGAUGAAAUCUCUAAGUAUUCCCAGUCAAUUUUAGCAAAUAUUUCAAGCACUAAACAGUGAAAAAUGCAUCCCAAAUUUCGUUAAAAUUGGGGACGCCAAUUUCGUAGCUACAAAUGUAAAAAAAAAUACAAAACAAAGACGAAAAACAUUUACCUUGAAUACUUUGUCGUGGCUUAGGCAUGUUUUUAAAACAAUUAGACCGGUUUAUGCUUCAAUAUUACUCUUUUAAGGCGGAAAGUAUAGCGAAACAACAAAAAUGCAGAGAACUUUGGCAAUACGCGUGACGUCACAGAUUGCAACUAGGUUGUUUUUGCUUACGUCAGCUAGAGUCCUAUCCAUUUAUUUUAUUUUCCAUGGUAUUACACACACGGGAAAAUGCAUCACUUUCGGCCCAAAUGUGAUGCAUUGUCCAACAUGUUACUGGAAUGGAAGAUAUAUAAAAUUAUAUAUAAGAUUCCGCUCGACAUUUCUAUCGAUAAAUAUCCAUAUGUAUCUAGCGAGAUGCCGACAAAUCACGGUAAAGAAGAUUUUUUGUUUUCUCUAGGUCGUAUUUGAAGCGAUAUUAGCAGGAGGUGUCCGAGGUGACAUCGCUAUAGAUGACAUUACUUACAUUUCUGGCACCUGCACCGUCUCACCGAGCACCGCCUUGCCUGUGAAACCCACCACAAAACCUGCUACACCGAUCCCUACCACUCCAGGUAUGCAUACAGAUCUUUCGAGUUUUGCUGUAAAAAAAAAAUCAGUUGAGGAACACUCAAUAACCUCAUUUUAUAUUUAGUUUAUAAGUAGCACACCUUUCUAUGCCUAACGCCUGGAUUCUAAAAGCUCACUCACGCUCACAUUCAAAGAGUGGAGAUUCAAUCUGAGCUUGCCUUGAGUGUCAGUGCUGUUUUUUUGAAUAGCUUGAGGGCGAGUAGUCGCAUUGUAAGGCACGACACUAACGCCCGUAUUCUAAAACCUCACUCACACUCAAUGAGUGGAGGUUCAAUCUGAGCUUCUCUUGAGUGUCAAUGCUGUUUUUGAAUAGCUGGAGGGUUAAUGUCGUACCUUACUAUGUGAAUAAACAUGAAGUGUUGGUUCCUCUUUACAAGGCCUUUGUGAGGCCCCAUCUGGAGUAUUGUGUGCAAGUUUGGUCCCCGGUAGCAAAGCAUGGUAAUUGGAGUAUAAUUAUGGCAAUUGAAAAAUGUCAAAGGGAUUUUACUAGAAUAAUUCAUGGUAUGGGUUUUCUCAGCUAUAGUGAGAGACUUCAAAAGCUGGGACUGACAACACUUCUCGAACGUAGAAUGCGGGGUGAUCUUAUUGAAGCAUACAAGAUUAUUAACGGACAUGUUAACUAUGGCCAUCAAAUGUUUAACCAUAAUUUGCAUUAUAGUACUCGUAAUUUAUGCAAUGUAUCAUCCUGUAGGACCAGAUUUGCGUUGGAUUGUUUUAGCGUAAGAGUAAUUAAGUAUUGGAACAAUUUACCAAACUCUGUUAAGUAUGCACCUAGUGUAAACGCCUUUAAGGCAGGUCUUGAUGAUCUAAAAAGUUAUAACCCGGAUUCUUGUCACGGAUAUUGGUAUUUAUCGCAAGAAAUCUUUAACAGAAUUCCGGAUAAGAAUGACCAUGUUACUUAUCUUAAAUUGCAUCCAGAGGUUGCUAUGCGAAGACAUAUUUCUUGUUUCUAAUUUUUUAUAAUUGUAAUAUAUAUCAUUGUAAGAUUUAUAUUUCUGUAAUUUUCUUAGAUGCAUGAGUUGCCCGGAGAGGCAUAAUUAAAUCUUAUCUUAUCACCCUUCAGCUAUUAAAAAACAGUAUUAACACUCGAGAAAAGCUCAGAUUGAACCUUCACUCAUUGAGUGUGAGUGUGAGUGAGCUUUUAGAAUACGGGCGUAACUAUCCAUGCAGUAUUGACACUCAAGGGAAGCUCAGAUUGAACCUCCACUUUUUGAGUCUCAGCGUGAGUGAGCUUUUAGAAUACAGGCGUAAGACUUAGACACAUACACUAUUUAAAUUUAUGCGCCAAUGGGUUCUCUAAAGAAAGUCUACGGUACAGUAGUGUAAUGAAUCUAAGCCGUAUGUUGUGGUAUAGACUAAGUAUGAGGGUAGUCUAACAGGGCAAUUUAAGGCAGUGUCUAAGGUUAGCUGAAGGUAAUCUAAGGCACCUCAAAAAUAGUCCACGGUGAUCAAAGAUAGACUGAGUUAAUCUAAGUUAACUUAGGAUGAAGACAUUAAUUAUACAUUCUUCAUAUAUCAUAACGCUCGGAGACUUCUUUGAACUGGGUCUGUUUGUUGUUUUUUGUGUUUUUUUUUGGGUCGUAAAACCUGUAUGUAAGGCUUUUUCCUCUACCUCAGAUUGGCAAACAUAUUAAACUAAACUAAUCUAGACAAAAUAUAAACUACACUUUGGUCAUAUGUUUUUUAGGCCGUGGGCAGUUCGAUUGCAACUUUGAGUCUGGUUUCUGUACCUGGAGUCAGGGAGCUGGAGCACGAUUCAACUGGACUCGCCAACAAGGGAAAACUUCUUCUAUAAACACAGGACCUUCUCAAGAUCAUACCCUGAAAAAUAGUAUGUUUUUCGUUCCAUUUCAAGGCCAGAAAUUACGGACAUGAUUAUUCCCUUGCCUUAGGCCCGGUUUAGACGGCGAACUUCUCAUGCGCCGAAUCUAAUUGUCGUAGAUACGGCAAAAUAUGGGAAACUGAUUUAGACGUCGAACUUAAUUGCACCGUACCAAAUUGCGAAGACAUUAUAUUGGAAAUAUUUACAAUGCAAAUAUUUGAUAAUCAUAUUAUGAUGUUAAAAAAUAAUUAUGCAUUAGGUUCGGCGCAUGAAAAGCACGGCGUCUAAAUCAAUGUCGAAUCUGUGUCGCAUAUACGACUUGUCCUGUCGCAUCUUCGAGUCGUGUCGAACUUAAUCAAAACCUGCCGAACUUAAUUGAUUUAGACGCCGCUCCAACGUCGCACUUAAUCCUUGCAGUAGAUUCGGCGCAUGAAAAGUUCGCCGUCUAAACCGGGCCUUACUAACUUGGAUAUCAUCGAUGCAUAACCCCGUUGAAAUAUGGCUUCUGCAGUAAAAUCGCAAAAUAGAAAACUAAAAAAUAGAAAUAGAAAAAAGAAAUAAAAAAUUAUAAUAAACAUUAUAAUAAAUAUUUAUUUUUAUUUUUUUUUUUAUUUUAUUUUUUUUAAUUUAUUUUUUUAUUUUUUAUUAUUAUAAAUAUUUCUGUAAUAGAAAAAUUUAGUGUAAUGUUUGCCGAGUUUAAGUUGCUGUCUAUUCUGCAUUUUCGUUUGUUCCUAAUACUUAUUCUUAUAUAGAGUUGAAUGGACAAAUGUCGUAAAACUAACCUAUGUACAAAUAUUGAAAAUGCAGAAUAGGCAGUAACUGAAACCAGGCCAACAUUACACAAAACGACCUACUUUAGUCUCGACCUACUUUAGUCUCAGAUUUUGCGAUUAACAACGUCAGGUUAUAUAAUUCACUGUUUACUGGUGAAGCCAUAUACAAAUUACUGAGGAUGUGUUGAAGCCAUAUUCCAACCUGAUAUACAAAUUACUAAGGAUGUGGAAUAGACUGGGGGAGGGGUCAGGGCUCCUCACUCCCCUCCCUGGCUACGCUUAUAUGACUGAUAAAAUUAUCUACUAGAAGCAAACCAAGCUUACUUAAAUCUUUCAGACAACGGUAGCUACAUUUAUGCUGAGGCAUCAAGUCCUCGCAGACCCGGAGACAAAGCAAUCUUGGUGAGCCAACAAGUACCAGCAAACAGCCGACCUGGAAACUGUAUCAUAUUUUGGUACCAUAUGUUCGGAGCACACGUUGGUGCUCUUAAUCUUUACAUCCAGACAGGCAGUGGUGCGCUACCGAAACCCACGUGGACAAGAAAUGGAACUCAAGGCAACGAGUGGAAGAGGGGAAUGGUAUUUUACCCAUCUAUUCAAUCCAGCAAGGUAAGGAGCUAAGAUAGGUUACUGUAAGGUGGGCUCGGUGCUGUCAUGCAACUGAGAAGAUUGCCAAGGGGGAGUAAUUCGUAUACAUAGGUACAGGAGGUACCAUAGACGGUUUUCGAGGGGAGAUAAUAAUAUUAUACUUUUUAUUUGUGGAAACGUAAAUUUAUUAUUGCAUAAUAUAACAAUAAUAAUAAACUUUAUUUAUAUAGCGCACAAAUCCAAGUUGUUCAAGGUGCUUUGCAUUUUUUAGGUUUCCUCCUGUAGUAACACUGGAUCAAUGAGAGAUGAAACUUACUAGACCUCUAGGGAGAACAAUUUAGAACUGAUAGAGCUAUCCAGCAUCAAUAAAGUUAGUUUAGUUUAAGUUCCCUCCUGUGGUAACACUGGAUCAAUAAGAGAUGGCUCUUACUAGGCCUCUAGAGAGAACAAUUUAGAACUGUCCAGUAUAAUAAAGUUAGUUUAGUUUAGGUUCCCUUCUGUAGUAACACUGGAUCAUUCAGAAAUAGCCUAACUGGAUCGCUAGGGAGAACAGCUUAGAACAGAUAGAGUUAUACAUUAUAAAUAAAGUUUGUUUAGUAGUUAGGUCAGACAACACUAAUUCCCACUCAUGGUUGAAAUUUUGAUUUAUGUUCUAUAGAUUUUAUUCGAAGCUGUUCGUGGUAGGUCAUAUGCUGGAGACAUCGCCUUAGAUGAUCUGCAAAUAAAAAGUGGUUUCUGUCCUCCAGCUGAUGCCUGUUCAUUUGAACAAAAUAAUCUGUGUGGCUGGAAGAAUGAACCAACCAAGGAUGACUUCGAUUGGACAAGAGCAACUGGUGGAACUGCUUCUGUGAAUACUGGACCAUCUGCCGAUCACACGUUUGGUACAUCCAAAGGUUAGUGGUGUUUAUGAUCAUGGUGGUAAUGGUGAUAGUGAUGAUGAUGGUGGUGGUUGUGGUGGCGGUAAUGUGGUGAUGGUGCUGGUAGUACUAGUAGUGAUGGUAAUGGUGAUUGUUAUGAUGGUGGUGGUUGUGGUGGUGAUGGUGCUGGUAGUAGUGAUGGUGGUGAUUAUGAUGGUGAUGACGUCGUGAUGGGGCGCUGGUAGUAGUGAUGGUGAUGGUUAUGAUGGUGGUGGUUGUGGUGGUGAUGACGUGGUGAUGGUGACAUGGUGAUGGUGCCGGUAGUAGUAAUGGUGGUGGUUAUGAUGGUGGUGGUUGUGGUGGUGAUGACGUGGUGAUGGUGCCGGUAGUAGUGAUGGUGAUGGUUGUGAUGGUGCUGUUGGUAGUGAUGGUGCUGGUAGUAGUGAUGGUAGUAGUGAUGGUGGUAGUGAUGAAUGUGAAUAUUACUGUGACAAUGGUGGUCAAGGGUGGGUUGACUACAAAAUUUUUGUAGUUCGCUAUAACUACAGCUACUUCAAAAAUAUGUAAUCAGCUACAACUACUGCUACUUUUGAACAAAGGUAGUUCGCUACUGACUACAGCUACUGCUUAAAAAAUGUAGCGAACUAUUUCGCUAUUUCGCUACUCUAUAUUUUUUAUUUUUACGGUAUUUGAGCAUCUACUAGCUCAAAAUAAUCUUUACUGUAUAAAAUAAUCUUUUAAGCAAACCGUGUCUUAAUAUCAUUCUAUUCUAUGAACAGUUGCUAACAAUUUUAAAAAGUAGCGAAUAGCGAUUCGCUGUUUGAAAAGUAGUCAACUACUUGGCUACUUUUAGGCAAAAUGCAGUUUGCUAUAACUACAACUACUGUUUUAAAAAAGUAGUCAAAAACUACUGGCUACUUGAAAAUUGUAGUUCGCUACAGUCGCGAACUACAACUACUUCGCUACUACCCACCCUUGGUGGUGGUGGUAAUGGUGAUGAUAAUUAUGGUGACAAUGAUGAUGGUGACGGAUGAUGAUGGUAGUGGACCUGGUGGUGGACUUGACUAAACUAUAUAAAUAAUUCUAACGAGGAGAGAGCUCACUAGAUGUGUUUUCCUUCAGGUUAUUACAUGUAUAUAGAGGCAACAGGGAAAAGUAGAGGAGACAAAGCUCAACUUCUCUCUCCAAGAUAUCCCAAGACAACUGGAAGAUGUCUACAGUUCUGGUACCAUAUGUAUGGCUCUGACAUGGGAACACUGACUGUAUAUAAAAAGGUAUGCUCCUAGCGUAUCCACCAAUAGUGAAUUUUUCAAACUUUCUAAAAUUGUUUGUACUUUGGUAUAAUCCAGAGCUUCAGUAUUAAUAAAUUAAAAUUUAUUUUAUGAAUUGUGAGAUCCAUAUCAGUACUUUGAUAGCUUUUGAAGUAUUUUUACAACGUUUAAAUAAUCACUAUCUAGUGGAUAGGUGAUAUCUUGAUAUAUCUGACUUUGGACUACAAUGUUACUGUCUAUCGCCUCAAAAUACAGUACAUGUUACUAUGUUAUAUGAUUAUAUGACACACCUACUUGUCAGUUGUCACUUCAAACCUACGUUACAGAUUAAGGUUACAGAACACCUUUGAGUGUUAAUUUUGCCUAAAAUUUUUUUAUUGGUUUCCAUGAAAGCAUUAGACUAGUUCUACUAUCUGACCAAGUUUGAACGAAAAAUGUUGAAUGAAAAUGAUUCGCAGAGUUAUUUAAUAAAAUACAUUUCGCUGCAAUAAGAAAAACAUUGAAAAUGUAAUAUUCAAAUUCAAUUUUCUCCCGAAGAAUUUUACGGCAAUUACUGAUUUUCAAACGGGUUGUGCUCCUGCGGGUUUUAAUGAAUUUCUCUCAAAUUUUCACAGGACAUAGCUAAAGACGUCAGUUUCAAAAUUGUGUUCGGCUUUGUUCUAAUUUUGGACAUUUUAAUAAUAAACAGCAAUUCACUCAAACAAUUCAGAAAUAUAUUGCGGUCGUCAAAGAAAUCGCCAUAUCAGCGGAAUGACGAAAUAAACAAAAAUUUCCGAACACAAUUUUUUAGAACAACUAUUUUACUCUUUAAAAAUGAUAUUUUCAUAAAUGUAACUUAAAACCGGCAGGAGCACAACUCAAAAGCGUAACGGUACCACGAUUUAAGAUUUUGCUGAAUAAUUCUUACAUUAUUUUAUUGUUUGUUAAUUUUACAACUUUACCAUAUUUUACAUGCACUGGCGAACAUUUGGUGAAAAUUUGAUGAAAAUCGGACUGAUAUUGAGCGCGCAGCAGCGAUUUUCCACAAAACGCCAAAAAGGGUGUCCUGUAACCUUAAGUAAUUGCACAUUACAGCCUAAUAGUACUGCUUAACAGUGAAAUAUUUUUCAUUGUGUAAUUUUCCUAUUUCAGGUUCUAACUUCGGGGUCAUCGUACAACAUCCGUAUCUGGUGGCGUAGUGGAGACAAAAGUAAUAUCUGGCGUAUUGGUCGUGUAUCGGUGUGGUCGUCAACGUAUGAUUAUCAAGCCGUAUUUGAAGGAGUUGUAGGCAGGAGUUUCCGAGGAGAUAUUGCCAUUGAUGACGUCAAGCUCUUGGAUGGAAAAUGCCCACCUGCAGGUUAGCUAAUAGCGACCUUAAGCAUGUAGGACGGGAACACGACAGCACGGCAAACAAACUCGUUGAACCAAAUGAUUGCAGAAGAAGUACCUGUCGUCUAUUAUCCAUCGUAUGAAAAUAAUAGAGUUACGGACCAAAAUUAACAAGGGGUUUAUCAGGAACGCCCGGAGCGAGGAUAGGGCACAGGGGACAAUGUUGACGUAAGGGGCAGUCACUAAUUAGUAUUUCGUUUCCGAAAAUUUUUCCGGACCUUAAUUCACCAAAACAAGGGCAAAAAUUUUGAAACUUAUUAACAUAAUGUUUGACACAAUAUUCCAGAAAAGUUCACGUAUAUUUCAAUAUUACGUCCAUUUCACGCGUAAUUCAUACUUUUUAAUCGUUGUACCUCAUAUUUUUUGGGGGAAGAACUUUUAUCUAAAGAGGCGAUGCCCCCCUUUCCGGCGUCCUGGGGUUUAUGAUUGAGAAUAGUUCUAGGACCCAAUAAUUUAAAAUAGCAGUUGUCCUAGCUUGAAAUGUAAGCGUUCUAUAUCUGUAUUUUGCCGUUGUAAAACAACGGCGACGUCUGAAACGUCCGCGGGAUUUUAAUUAUUAAUUUAGAGCUAUGUAGAUGUUAAGAAAGCUUGGAAAUGCAGAAGAUCCAAGCUCUCUUAAUAAUUCUAUGAAUUUCUUUUAGGUAAUUGUGACUUCGAGAGUGACACAUGUACGUGGACAAAUUCUCUGGUUGGUGAUACGUUUGACUGGAGACGUAACAAAGGAUCUACGCUGAGUGGGUCGACCGGACCAAGUGUGGAUCACACGAGACAAGAUUCUUCAGGUACAAAAAUGCUUUUGAUGAUUCCGAUGGUUGGUUACAGUGCAGCAUAGGCAGUGAGCUCCAUAUGUAUAACUGCAGUGAGAACUCACGUCCAAAAAGUGAAAGCCCAAUUAACUAAAAUUUUGAACUCAACAAGUCUAGACAAAAAUUUCAUCACAGCUCGAAAGAGCAUCACAAAAUUAGUAAUAUUCCAAAGUUUCGUUGCAAAAUGUUGUAAAAUGCGGAUAAUAUAGCCUUGCGAAGUUUGUAAUUUUCAGUCAUUUUGUAUUACGCACAGAAGUGGUAACCAUUUCCCGUUUGUAAUCUAAAAUGACUGAAAAUUGCAAACUUCGCAAGGCUAUAUUAUCCGCAUUUUACAACAUUUUGCAACGAAACUUUGGAAUAUUACUAAUUUUGUGAUGCUCUUUCGAGCUGUGAUGAAAUUUUUGUCUAGACUUGUUGAGUUCAAAAUUUUAGUUAAUUGGGGAAUGGUCCAUUGAUAUCCAGUGCCAGUCUUUUCUAUUGUUUUGUCUGCGCGGUUAACACGAAGCUACCAGAAGUAUGUACUUAUUGUAUUCGAUAGAAUCAAAAUAAUCAUCACAAUUGAUAUAAUCGAUGCAGUCAAUAUGAUCAAUACAAAUGAUACAAUCACUCUCAGACAAUUCCCAUUAUAGACUAAUUUUAAAACUAGGCAAGGAGAUGCGAAUAAAUCACCACAGCUAGAAAUAGCAUGCUAUAAAUGAGUAAAAUUGCAAAGUUUGGUUGCGAAAUGUUGUAAAAUGCGGAAAAUAUAGCCUAGCAAAAUUUGCAAAUUUUGUAUAUGUUUGUAUUACGUGCGGAAAUUGUUACCAUUUUCGGCUCUAAAAUGGUAACAAUCUCCGCAUGUAAUACAAACAUAUACAAAAUAUGCAAACUUUGCAAGGCUAUAUUUUCCGUAUUUUACAACAUUUCGCAACCAAGCUUUACAAUUUUACUAAUUUUAGUGUGCUCUUUCCGGGAAUAUACUUUUUUUUACCAAGAUAAAAAAUUUGUCUAUAAUGGGAAUUUUCCAUUGAUACAAUCCAAAUUAAUAUAAAUAUCUCUUUUUUCUCAGGAUACUAUAUGUACAUCGAAGCAUCCUCACCAAGAAGACGAGGGGACAUUGCUUUACUGACAUCCGAAGAGUUCUUCCGCACAUCAUCAUCUGGUCGCUGCAUCAAAUUCUGGUAUCACAUGUAUGGCAAGUCAAUCGGAUCUCUCAAUAUCUACUAUAAAACUAACGUUACAAAACAAAUCAUCUGGGGUUUGAGUGGUCAACAGACAACAAACCGAGGCAGCGGGGGCUGGAAAUUCGGACAAGCACCCAUACGAAGCAAUGUUGUUUAUCAGGUAUGGCUUUCGUUGAUGGAAAUUUCGAUUUUCGAGUGUAAAUAUUAUAUGUGGGGCUUCGGCGGCGAAGUGGUUAGCGCACUUGCCUUUCACCUUUAAGGUCGCAGGUACAAGCCUCAAUGAGGACUUCUCAAUGUGACUCGAACCCAGUCCUCAUGUGAAAAGAGUAAAAGUCAACGCUCUGCCGAAAGUCGUGGGUUUUCUCCGGGUACUCCGUGUUUCCUCCCACAGGGAAAGUUGACAGGGUGGGUUAGGCACAUAGGUCUGGAGGCAGAUCAUUAUAAUGAGGUAUGGACUAAUAGCGGCAGCUGCACAAGCGCCAUUUGUAAGCUCAAAGUCUACCUCGGUCUGAUUCACGUCAGUCCGGUUCUAUCUAUCUAUUCAUAAUGUAACCAGUCACUGAAAAGCCCUGAUAGUGAGUGUGCUGUGAAAUAUCUGUAUCUGUGUAUAUAUCAGGGUCUUAGCCAGAAUUUGCAACUUGGGUGUCCAAAUUUGAAAUUUCAUUUAUGACACCCAUAUUUUGCCAUAUGGAACCAUGGCACCACUUCAUGCACCAGUAAUUCAAUGUGCGGAUUAUUUCCCGAAUGCUGGGAGUAAUCGGUGACUGCACUUGAGAAUCGCUCAAAAAACAAAUAAUAUAUUCAAUUAUUCAGACUAUGUGACUACUCACUACACUGACUACAGUAGUACAGUUUAAGUAAAUCUGCCAAUAUAUUAAUCUUAUGAUUGAUAUUAUGUUGUCACUUUCAUGCUAUAAAUACAGUACUUGUAGCUUUGAUAAGCUAUAGUGUGAGUGAAGAACACAACCAAAAAAAACAAAAAGCAACUAAUUAUCUUAUAUAGUUAUAUUCUACGGUUUUUGGCAGCUAGGCCUAGGAAUCUUUGGUUUGGCAGGUUUACCGUCCAAAAGCCGUCUUUUUUAGAAGGCCGUCCAAAUUUGAAAAUGGCCGUCCAAAAGACGGCUGGACGGUAGGCUGGCUAAGACCCUGGACUAUAUAUUUAUUUACACCUAACCAGGAGCAGUUGCGAAAAAUGCAACUAUAAGCCCUCUUGCAGGAAUCCAACCUGCGAUUUAAGUGCAGCGCUCAAACCAACUGAGUCCAGUUGUCGAGCUCUGACCGCAAAUUCAUGUAUAUAUAUUCUAAGGUGAUGUCAAUGUAAGGUUUAUCUGUAAAUAACUAAAUAGCAAGAUUUGUUUGGGCAUCUGGCUUGUUCACAACAGGCUUGUAGCAAGCUUGGCAACAAGUUGUAACGGUGCUGUUAUUUUAUCAAGUUGCUACAAGGUUGUCACUCACAACUUGUUGACAAGUUGUGUUCGCAACAGGCUCGUAGCAAGUUUGUCAACAAGCUGUAACGGUGCUGUUAUUUUAUCCAGUUGCUACAAGGUUGUCACUCACAACUUGUCUUGUGAGGACGAUAACAAGUUGUUGGGACAACUUGUAACAAGUCUGUUGAGCUCAACAACCUUGUAUCGAGUUAUGAACAAGCAGUGCGAACACAUCCUGUUGGCAAGUUGUUGGAACAGCAUUGCUACAAGUCCACUGCAUGUUUGUUACAAGUUGUGCAUUUUUAUGUUUGACGGCAAAUCGCAAACCGCCAACUUCAAAUUGUAUUUUGAGGCCAAAUGUCAGCUGUUCGAAGUUAGGACAAUUUGUGCAUUAUUAAUAUUGAAGCAUGAAUGAGCUAUUUGGCUUCGAAAAUUAGUGGAACUUGCCUUCAAGGAUUUGAAGUUUGAUUGAAGUUUGCCGUUAGCUAUCUGCUGUAAAAGUCAAUCAUAAGAUAUCUGAUAAACAAGUUUCGAUUAAAGUGAACUAAACAGCGAUAUAUAUAUAAUUUUCAAUAUAGAUCAUAUUUGAAGGCAUUAUCGGUACAAGUCAUACAGGCGACAUAGCUGUUGAUGACAUUCGAUUCACAACCAGUGCAUGCUCAAUACUACCAUCAUCUGUUACUGUUACACCUGCACCACCGCCGACCACAGUACCCACGAUUCCAGGCUCAACACCAGGUAACAUACGGUACUGAAUAGUUGAUACAAAGGGAUACAACGUAUUAUAUUCUAACUUUAAUCCUAUUCUUAAUCAUAACCACAAACACACCUCAAUCAUUUUCUAAUCUCAACCUUACCCAAAUUCCAGUGUAUGUCUAGAAAUGUCACAGCCAGUAUAUGUUGUAAAUGAACAAUUUCUCAAAAAGAAUUUACUCUACAGGCAAAUAAUUCCAACAAUUUUUUCUUUGGCAAACAUAGCUGGGCAACCAUACCACGUUUGGGAAACAUGGCUGGGGAACAAUGUUUCCUGAUUUGUCCACCUUUGGGAAACAUAGCCAGAAAGCAUUGUUUCCUGGUUUGUCCACCUUUGGGAAACAUGGUUAGGACUUGUCCACCUUUGUGGAACAUGGUUAGGAAACAGUGUUUUCUGGUUUGCUAACCUUUGGGAAACAUGGUUAGGACAUGUCCAGCUUUGGUUAGGAAACACUGUUUCCUGGUUUGCUCACCUUUGGGAAACAUGGUUAGGACUUGUCCAGCUUUGGUUAGGAAACACUGUUUCCUGGUUUGCUCACCUUUGGGAAACAUGGUUAGGACUUUUCCAGCUUUGGUUAGGAAACACUGUUUCCUGGUUUGCUCACCUUUGGGAAACAUGGUUAGGACUUGUCCAGCUUUGGUUAGGAAACACUGUUUCCUGGUUUGCUCACCUUUGGGAAACAUGGUUAGGACUUGUCCAGCUUUGAUUAGGAAACACUGUUUCCUGGUUUGCUCACCUUUGGGAAACAUGGUUACGAAACAAUGUUUUCUGGUUUGCUCACCUUUGGGAAACAUGGCUAGGGAUUGUCCACUUUUGGGAAACAUGGUUUGGAAACAAUGUUUCCUUGUUUGCUCAUUUUUGGGAAACAUGUUAGGAAACGCUGUUUCCUGGUUUACCCACCUUUGGCAAAUAUGGCUAAGAAACAAUAUUUCCUGAUUUCCUACCUUUGGGAAAUGUCACUACAAAAAAUGGCCAGGAAACAAUGCUCCCUAGUUUGCCCACCUUUGGGAAAUAUGGCUAAGAAACAAUGUUUCCUAGCUUCGUCUGAGCCUUGCAAUACAAUGAUAUAACUUAUGUUUUAGCUCCGUCUCCCUACGACUGCAACUUUGAUGUGGGAACGUGUCAAUGGACAUAUGAUAGUACGGCUGACUUCCAAUGGAGCCGCAAGAAUCAUGGCACACCUAGCACCUUCACUGGGCCUGACCAUGAUCACACGACCAAUGAUGGUAAGUGUGGAUUGAUGGGAAUAAUUAAUCUCUGUACGGGCUGUUACUUAUAGAUUCAUUGUUAUUAGUAGGAGAAAACCUAAGCUGCUGUAACUACAGAAGAAAGUGGUACUACAGGAGGAAACUUAACUGAAUUGCUCUUUCGGUUCUAAACUGUUCUUCCUAGAGGUUCAUUAAGGAUCAUCUCUUAUUGAUCCAGUGUUACUACAGGAGGAAAUUUAAACUAAACUGACUUGAUUUAUACUGAAUAGCUCUUUCGGUUCUAAACUGUUCUUCCUAGAGGUCCAGUAAGAAUCGUCUGUUAUUGAUACAGUGUUAUAACAGGAGGAAACCUAAACUAAACUAACUUUAUUUAUACUGGAUAGCUCUAUCAGUUCUAAACUGUUCUUCUUCCUAGAAGUCCAGUAAGGAUCAUCUCUUAUUGAUCCAGUGUUACCACAGGAGGAAACCUAAACUGAAUUAACUUUAUACCUCUGUUGAUUCUAAAGGACAAGCCUUGACGGUAUAACAGACACCCAAACUGAACUAAAUUUAUUUGUUUUGGAUUGUUCUAUUAGUUAAUCUUCUUUUCUCAGGAAGUGGCUACUAUCUUUACCUUGAAACAUCGUCACCAAGACAACCCAACGACACAGCUCGAAUGCUUGGUCCCCAAAUCCCGUCCACCAAACAGAAAUGUCUUCAAUUCUGGUACCACAUGUACGGGCUUGACGUAGACUCUCUGAAUGUCUAUAUCAAAUCUGGAGGAAAUCUUGGGAACCCUGUGUGGACACGUUCUGGCGACCAGAACGAUCUUUGGCGACAUGCUACCCUGUCUAUCACAAGUCAGAGUCAGUUUCAGGUAGG